UGCCAUCUAUUACCUUGACAGAGAAUAACCCCAGAGGGCUGGGAAGCGUCAAGACAAUGUGUGCAACCAUGCUGAAGAUAUUUUCAAUUUUUGCCGUCCUUGCAGGCCACGUCGGCAGCAUUGUGGUGACUGUCCCUGAGAAGACAGUGAAUGUCACUACAGGUGGAAACGCCACCCUCCUCUGCACGUACACGAGUUCUGCACCGCUGGGAAACUUCUUCAUUCAGUGGAGCUUUUACAGUGCCAAAGAGAGCCAGCUGCACACCAUCUAUUAUUAUUCAGGAGGCCAGUCUUAUUCCUAUGGAGUAUUUAAGAACAGGAUAACACCUGCAACAGGUCCAGGGAAUGCAUCAAUAACAAUCUCCAACAUGCAGCCCUCAGACACUGGUUCCUACACCUGUGAAGUUUUCAGCCCUCAGGGCGAUGCUGGACAGAGUCAAAAAUCUGUGAUUGUCAGUGUGCUGGUCAAACCAUCAACACCUUUCUGCAAAGUAGAAGGAACACCUGAAAAAGGGCAUCUGAUCUACCUCCUGUGCAGAUGUGAAGAGGGAUUGCCUCAUCCCACCUACCGCUGGUACAAAGUCGAGGAGAACACCCUGAAGCCUGUGACUGAACAAUUUAAUCCAAACACUGGCAUUCUUUACAUUGGCAAUCUCACCACCUUUGAAACUGGCUAUUACCGGUGUGUAGCCAGCAACGUCCUGGGGAACAGCACCUGUGAGCUUGACCUAACAGCAAAACAUUCAGACAGUGCUAUUGUUGCUGGAGCAUUAAUUGGAGCAAUCCUGGCAGCUGCUAUCAUUUGCAUUAUCGUCUGGGUCUUAACCAAGAAGGCAAAAAAUAGGAAGUCUCCAAAUAAUGAGAUGCAAGAAAUGGCUCAGAAACAAUCCAAUGCAGACUAUGUUCAGGUACCUAAUGAAGAAAACAUUCCUGCGACCACAGUUCCAUCGAGCAAUGCAACAAUGGAAUACCCGAGUGUUGAUGAGACAACAGCCCCUGGAACACCUGAAAACAAUGAGAAGCAAGAAGCAGAAAAAGAAGAAACAGCCUAGAGUUUUAAUAGUUUUCCUUGUCAGCUUUGGACCCCUUUAUACAAAAAUUGUUGUCAUUGAAUUAACAUAGAAGCGUGACUAAAUCUUAAAUGGGCAUUUGAAUUGUGAACCACUGGGCUGGAGAUUGAAAAGGGUCUGUUACAUGUGAAUAGCAGAAGAUUUGGCCUUUAAAGUUAACCAAAUUUCUUUUAUUAUCUAGUUAUAACUGUACAAAAAUAUGAGCAUAAAAAGACCAUCAUCCACAUUUAUCCAACCUAUUUUGCAAAAGUAAUUAGGAAAUUGUCAAAGUAAGAGUUUUCCAGUCAACUACCAGUCAUGUUGUGUGUAUCCACACAGUUCUGAACCACAGCAGUCUUCUCCAGAAACAGUGUUGGCCAACUUAUUCCCUGUGU